AUGAUAAAAAUAAACGAAUUAAAAGUCGAACAAUUAAAAGACCUCCUACGAGAACGAGAGUUGCCGUGUUCGGGUAUAAAAGCUGAAUUAGCCCAACGAUUAACCGAAGCAGUAAAAAGUGACGAAAUUUUGCUUUCUACUGAAAGUUCAGAAUAUAAUUCUGCAACAUCCGACGUAAUGGCUGACGACAGUGCCAAGAUGUUGCAAAACCAAGUGUUAGCAAAUAUGAUGAAAGAUCUUAUUUCAGUAGUUCAAACGAACAUGAAAAAUCAAAAUUAUGUGAACAAAAAUGAGUGUCCCUCGACACAAUCGUUAAAUAAUGUUUUACAAAUCCAAAACAGUACGGUCGAAAACUCAAAUGACAAUAUUAGUGAUGUUGCCUCUUUCUUGCCAGAAUUUAACCCAUUGGUUGGUACAUCGUUGAAUUCAAAACAGUUUAUAAAUCGUAUAGAAAUGUUAAAAUCAACAUAUAAGUGGUCCGAUAAAGCAAUAUUAUUCGUGGUUCAACAAAAGCUGAUAGGUUCAGCGAAAUUGUGGAUUGACUCACAGGAAAUCUUUGUGACGUGGGAACAGUUUAAGAACAAAUUUUUACUUGUUUUUCCUUGUGAGGAGAAUGCGGCAAGUGUUCAUAUAAAACUUUCAAAUUCGCACCGACUUGCAAACGAAACUCCACAAGAAUAUUUUUAUAAAAUGAUGGCAAUCGGAAACCGAGGAUGUCUACGAGAAGAAGACAUUGCUCAUCACAUAAUUAACGGCAUCAACGAUAGCGAUCUGAGAAAAGUGAUUUGUAAGAAUUACCAAAAAUUAAAUGAUUUGUUAAAAGACAUAAAUAUGUACUGUGAAUAUAAUACCAUUAAAAAUGAACACACGUACAAUCGAAAUAGAAACACGGACAGUAACGGGAAAUUUAAAAACGAAAAUAGAAACAUAACGAAUUAUCAAUAUAAUAAGGAAAGUAAACAGAAAGAAGAGAAACCUAGUGCUCGUGAUAUUGAGUGUUAUAAUUGUCGUCAGAAAGGACACAUUUCGAUAAAAUGUCCGGAAGCACAGAGAAAAGAGAGAUGUGUGCAUUGCAACAAAACAAAUCAUAAGAGUGAAAACUGUUACAGACAACGUAAAAGCGAGACAAAUAUAAAUGUAAAUAAAAUAGCGGUGAAAGAUCCAAAUGACAAUUUCGUUAAAAUGGUUACAGUGAAUGGCAACGAACAUUCUUCGCUGAUUGAUUCGGGAAGUCCAAUAAGUUUGAUUCGUGCAUCUCUUGUAAACAAAAUGAACAAUGUAAAAAAAUGUUCUAGACCAUUAACCGGUUUUGCAGGUGGAAAAUAUGUAUGCACCGAAAAAGUUAAUACGUCACUCGAUAUCGAUGGUCGUGUAUUGAACUCAGAUCUCUAUGUAGUUAAAGACGAACUCUUACCCGAAGACGUUUUGCUUGGACGAGAUAUUUUGUGCCGCGAAGGAAAUAAAUUCGUAAUUAAAGGUGAUGAAUGCUGGCUAGAAGCUGAUGAUAAAAUCAAUAUAAGUGACGGGGUAAACCCAGACGAAUUAUCCAAUCUCAAAACGAUAAUAUCCAGUAACCGUAAGUGUUUCGCCUUUAAUAUUGCAGAAUUGGGUAGAUGUACAAUAGCCAAGAUGACAAUACAGCUAAAAACAGAUGAGCCAAUAUGCUUGAAACCAUAUCGUAUACCCUUCGCAAAACGAGCUAUAGUAUCUGAUAUCGUAAAUGAGUUGCUGAAAUACGAAAUUAUUCGAUAUUCAAAUUCUCCGUAUGCCUCCCCAGUAGUUUUGGUGGAGAAGAAGAAUGGCGAAAGUCGAUUAUGCGUUGAUUACAGAUUAUUAAAUAGUAAAACAGUAAAAACACCUUUUCCUAUGCCCGUUUUGGAAGAACAAUUUGCCCAAUUAGCCGGAAACCAGAUAUUUACAACGCUCGAUAUGAAAAUGGGUUAUCAUCAAUUAGAAAUAGAAGAAGCCUCGAAAAAGUAUACCGCAUUUGUAACAACGGACGGUCACUACGAAUAUAAUCGCAUGCCAUUCGGAUUAGUAAACGCCCCUGCGUCUUUCCAAAGGAUGAUUGAUCAGAUUAAAAGGGAAAUGAAUAGAGGAGAAAUCUUAGCGUACCUAGAUGAUCUUAUCAUUCCGAGUAAGACAAUAGCCGAAAAUCUUAAGUUGGUCGAAAAGUUUUUGAAGAAAUUAGGAGAGUAUGGAUUGACAUUGCGUCUUGAUAAAUGUAGUUUCCUGCAGAGAGAAAUUUGUUAUUUAGGUCACAUUGUGAACGGCGAUGGUAUUAAGCCAGGAGAACAGAAAAUAAGAGACAUUAAAAACUUUAAAGAACCUACCAAUGUGACUGAAAUAAGAAGAUUCCUCGGACUAACAGGAUUUUUUCGAAAAUUUGUGCCGGAUUAUUCAUUAAUUGCGAAACCCUUAACUCUAUUGACGCAUAAAACCGAAAGAGAGAAUUUUAAAUGGGAAGAAUCACAACAAACGGCAUUCGAAAUGUUGAAGGAAAAAUUAAUUCAUGCGCCCGUAUUGAUUUUAUAUGACCCAAAUGCAGUUCACGAACUACAUACCGACGCUAGUGCGAUAGGAUUAGCCGGAAUUUUACUUCAAUCAACCGACGGAAAGCAGUACCAACCUGUUUUCUAUUUUAGUCGACAUUGCACGGAAGAUGAACAGCGGUACCAUAGUUAUGAGCUGGAAGUGUUGGCAGUCGUUGAAUCGUUAGAGCGUUUUAGAAUAUAUUUGUUGGGAAAGCAUUUUCGACUUAUAACGGAUUGUUCAGCAAUAGCAAAAGUGCGCGAAAAGAAAGAGUUAAAAUCGAGAAUUGCUAGAUGGUGGAUGAAGCUACUAGAAUAUGAUUUUGAACCCAUACAUAGACCAGGUAGUCGAUUAGCUCACGUUGAUGCUUUAAGUCGAAUGCCAGACGAACCAUCUAAAAACGUGGAACCUGCCGGAUUUGUUUUUACGAUCGACGAAGACAUUAACGAUUGGGUUUUGACAAUGCAGUUACAAGAUAAGAGAAUAAAUCAUAUUAUGGCCGUAUUAUCAGGAAAAUUGACGUCGCCAGAAGAAAGUCAGAUGCGUGCCGACUAUGAGAUAUGUAAUCAUCGAUUGUAUCGUAAAAUGGCCGUUAAAUCAACAAAAACCGCUCCCGUGAUAAAUGCCCUAAGCGAAAUCUCUGGUUAUUUUGGAGUUCCUAAGAAAAUUAUAACCGAUAGAGGAACAGCGUUUAAUUCUAACGCCUUUGAUAACUAUUGCCACGAACAUAAUAUACGACAUAUUAAAACUGCUGUACGUACCCCUCGCGCAAACGGUCAAGUUGAAAGGGCAAACGCUGUUAUCUUGAACUACCUGAGAACGACAACAGAUGACCCGAAGAGCUGGGAUACGAGACUAAACGAACUUCAAUGGAUAUCAAAUUCUCAAGUCAAUUCAACCACAGGUUUUACUCCAAACGAAUUAGUUUUCAAUUUUAAAAUUAACCACGUAGUCCAGAACCACCUAGUUAAUGCUAUUCAAAAUGACAUGGAUCCAAACGAAGAUGAAAGACCACCCGAAGAGAAACAAAUGAUCGCUCAAGAGAAUAUAGCAAAACAACGACAAAAAUGGAAACUCCGAUUUGACAGCAAACACUCUACCCCACGUAAAUAUGCCGAAAAUGAUCUCGUCGUAAUCCGAAAUGAACCAGGAGCGACAGGUGAAUCGCGUAAAUUUUGCACAAAUGGUUCGAGGAAAUUUUAA